UUCCAACACUUUCUCUCUCCUAAAGGGUCACAAACAGAUAAGGAAGUCGGGAAGAUAACCCAUUUUUGAGCUUCAUCUUCUUCCUCUCGCUUACUCGCGCGCUUUCUCUCUCCUUCGAAAAUGGCGCACACUCUAGCGACGCCAGUGGCACCAUCAGUGUCGCUGAUAUGCAACACAAAGCUUUCUGUUUCUCUCUCCUCCUCUUCUCUAGCAUUCCGCCCCGUAAACCCUAAGAAUGGCGGUGGGCUAAGCAUAAAAUGUGUGCGAGUGGGUAAUGUUGAAAUCCCGAACAACAAGAGGGUGGAAUACUCUCUUCAGUACAUCCAUGGAAUUGGGCGUUCUAGGGCUCGUCAAAUUCUCUGUGAUUUGACUUUGGAAAACAAACUCACUAAGGAAUUAUCUGAAGAUGAACUUCUCCAAGUCAGAGAUGAAGUCACCAAGUACAUGAUUGAGGGUGACCUGAGGCGAUUCAACGCUAUAGCAAUUAGGCGAUUGAAGGAGAUACAAUGCUACAGAGGGGUUAGACACAUUCAGGGUUUACCUUGCCGUGGACAAAGAACCAAAAACAACUGCAGGACAUUGAAGAGGGGUAAAAGAGUUCAAAUUGCUGGCAAGAAGAAGCCCCCUGGUCCUAAAUAGUUGAAAACUGGUUUGCCUCUUUUUCUCCUCCUGUAAUUCGGUGCAAUUUGGGUAUUCAGCUUCUCUGAUUGUAGUUUAUUCCGGAAUGCAUUGCUUGUAAUUUUGUAAUAUUGACAUCUCCUGUUGUUAUGGGUUCAAAGUAAAUCUACUUGUUUCUCAUGCUUCUGCAUCGAUAUGCAUCUGUUUGAUAUUCAUUCUA